CCCCACCCACGCUGCCAAUGCCUGAGUUCUCCGGCACCGCCACUCGCCCGCGCGCGCCCAGAUGCUUCUCCCUUCGCACGGCCACCGCCGUCCUCCUCUUCCGCGCCGCGGCGUCCACGGCCUUACUCCCUCCCCGCGCCGCGCGGGAUGCCUCGUCGUUCUCCUCCUCGCCCUCGCCUUCGUCGUCCUCGCGGCGGCCGUGCUCCACCGCGCCUCCAUCACAGCAAGCGCCGGCCACCACCAUCGCGAGGAAGGCGACCUCCGGACCGCCGCGCCGAGGGUCACGAUCUUCUCGGCCCCGCUCGGCCCGCCCGACGGCUCGCCCGCGCGGCAGGAACUGGCGGUGCGGUCGUGGCUGGCGCUCCCGUGGGACGCCACCGUCGUGCUCCUCGGCUCCCACCCGUCGGCGCACGCCCUGUCCGAACGUCUCGGACGCCGGGUCACCGUCGAGGCCACCAUCGAUUCCUCGUUCACGGGGACGCCAUUCUUCCACUCCACGAUCGCAAGAGCGCAAGCCGCCGCCGACUCCGACGUCUGCGUCCUCGUCGACGCCGAAGUCGUUCUGCUCCCCGAGACCGUCGCAUUACUGACAGAUCUCGGCAAAAUUGACCGUGAUUGGCUCCUCGUUGCAAUGUCACGCAACGUUUCCAGCUUCCCCUACAAUCUCGCCCGCGGUGCGAUGGUACUUUUUCUUCCAUCCUUCUAUCGACGGCAACCUUAGAUUCGUAGAAAACUCCAACAGAUUCAAGCUGACAAGUGGGCAGCAGAUGGCAGCGACAGGGGGCUCGUUUUCGCGUGGAACAAUCCGGGCCGUCCAUUGCUUGCAGGAGUUGUGCCUUCUUUUCUGUAUGGAAGAGGGGCGCACAGCUGGUGGCUGGUCCAUGGGGUUCUGUCAUCUGAAAUGAGACUCGUAUUCGACGCAAGCAGUCUAGUUCUUGGGCUAUACCCCGAAAAUUUCACCGCAAAGCGCGCCGCUGAUUCGAGUAGCAGCGGUAGAUUAGCUGAUGGAUCAUGGGAGCACGGUGUCAACCGCCAUCUCGCUUCGGUUUACGGGUCGUAUUGCCGUCGUCCGCCAGGAGGGCAUCAUCAUGCUUUUCCCAUGCUGUAUGAAGUGGUAAAGCAUUAUGAAGAUUACAUGUUGAGCAAAGUUGAAGAGCCUACAUUCUCAAGAUUUGUCAUAGGUAGAGAACAGGAUGCCCAUGAAGGGGUUGGUGGUAACCCAUGGAACAAAGAGGACAAUUGCUUGUCUGAUCAUCUGCCAAGCUAUUCUUCAGAAGCCUCUGAUGUUCCAUAUUCAUUAGAAAUGCUCCUUCGGUUUGUAGCCGAUGAGAAUAGAUCUGUUGUUCUUGGUGUGGCUGGGGCAAGUUACAGGGACAUGCUUAUGAGUUGGGUGUGCCGUUUGCGCCAGCUCAGAGUCACCAAUUUUGCAGUCUGUGCUCUAGAUCAAGAGACAUACGAAUUCUCCGUCUUGCAGGGUUUGCCGGUUUUCAGAGAUCCAACGUCGCCAAAGAACGUCAGUUUUGAUGACUGCCACUAUGGAACCCAGUGUUUUAAGCGGGUGACGAAGGUUAAAUCGCGCAUUGUUCUGGAGAUUAUAAGGAUGGGGUACAACGUGCUGCUGAGUGAUGUUGAUGUCUACUGGUUUCACAAUCCAGUGCAGUUCCUGCACUCUCUUGGACCUGCUACAUUCGCAGCCCAAUCAGAUGAAUACAAUGAGACAGGGCCAAUAAACCUGCCACGCCGGCUAAAUUCAGGUUUCUACUACGCCCGAUCAGACAGCGCCACCAUCACCGCGAUGGAGAUGGUAGUGAAGCACGCUGCCAAAUCAAACUCAUCAGAGCAGCCAAGCUUCUAUGACGUCCUGUGUGGGAAGGAAGGUGUGAACCGACUCGGCAACGACAGAUGCCUAGAGCCUAGCACAAACCUCACCGUCGUGUUCCUGGACCAGGACCUGUUCCCCAACGGAGCUUACAAGGGACUUUGGGAGAGGCACGAUCUGCGCUUGGCUUGCAGGAACCUUGGGUGCUUCAUCAUCCACAAUAACUGGGUAAACGGGAGGAAGAAGAAACUCUGGCGACAGAUGGCAUCCGGACUGUGGGACUAUGAUCCUAGCUCCAGGAUGUGCUUACAGAGCUGGGGUGAAGCAAGUAGUAGCUUCACAGCGGCCGGUCAGUUUCAUGCGUCUGAGGACACGGAAAGUUAGUACCUGACCUUUUAGAAUUAGACAGCUAGCUACUUGCCAAUGCUAAUUCUGAAGAUGGUCAAGGAUCGACAGCCUACUUUUUUUCACAAGAUGUAUAUGAUGUAUUGU